AUGACCGACCCGGGGUCGCCGCCGUCGCGCGCGAUCAUCGGUCGCGUCGUUCGAGACGACGACGGGCUCCCGUCCGCGGGCGCGUCCGUCGCGUUCGCGGACGAGCACAGCGACCGGCUGUACGUCGUGCGCGAGAACGACGACGGAAUGCUGUACCUCGCGCUGUCGGACGCGCUCGCCGCGGAGGAGACGAAGAAGCGCGACGACGCGGCGCACGCGCUGACGCUUCGACGGAAGGGCGACUUCGUCGGAUUCGUGCACGAGCCGACGGGGCGAUUCCUGCAGGCGCGCAAGGCGGGCGUGCACAAGCUCGUGUUUUACGCCUCGAAUUUCGGCGUGAACGAGUCGUUCGAAGCGAAGAACGUGCGCGCGUUGGAGCGCGGCGGCGAGAGCGCUUCGUCGUCGCGCGGCGCGCCGAUCGCGGCGCUGCGCUUGGAGCCGCGUCGAUUCCCGAAUCACGCGAUUCGGAUCAAGGUGUACGUCCUCGUCGCGUCGGCGACGCCCGCGGGGUCGCCGUACUACGCGCCGUCGCCGUACAUCGAGCGCGUCGCGCGCGAGAGCCUACCGCCAAGCUUGCGGACUUCCCCCGCGGGCGGCGGCGGCGGCGGGGCGGCGGGAGGUCCCGCGGGGCCGAGUGUCGGCCCCGCGGGAGAGGCGGCGAUCGCGGCGGCGGCGGCGAGGGUCGCCGCGCUCGGCGGCAAGCGCACCGCCGCCGGCGCGGGUCUGGCGACGCCGACGGAGCGCGACGAGCGAUGGCGGCGACCGGUGCCGUUUGAAACGAUGGGGAAGCGUCGCCCGGGGGGCGGCGGAAUAGGCGGGAUGCGCAGCAACGCGUCGAGUCGGCACGCGACGCCGGCGCGGGGAGCGACGACGGGCGGCGGCGCCGGCGGCGGCGGCGGGAAAGUCUCGGGCGCCGGCGAAGAGGACGCGCUCGAUCUCGGGAUCAAGCUCAUGCAAGGUUUCGCGAGGAAGUCCAAGACGGCGGCGAACACGCGCGUCUUGAAGCCCGUGUUCGCGGUGUGGAGGGUGUACUGCGAAACGAUCAAGAAGAACACGAUGUACGCGAUGAGGAUAUCGAACUUGAUGCGGCGGUCGCUGACGCGAAGGCAUCUGUACCAAUGGCGCGACGUCGUGUUGCAAGCUCGGGACAUGAAAGGACGCACGGAGCGUCUCGCGGGGCGGCUCGCGAUGUGGGACAAGCGGAAAUCGUACCGGUGUUUCCGCGUGUGGAUGGGGAUGAGCCACGAAAAGUUUGUCGUCCUGGAAGGGUAUCGGUCGUCGAGACGCAUGAACAGCCGCCGGCGCGCGUUUUCGCAGUGGCGUCGAGAGAAGAACAUCAACUUCGGCGUGAAGGAAAAAGUCCGCCGGUCGAUCAUGCGCAUGCGUCGACGAUCGAUCGCGUCCGCGUUUUACGACUGGAUCGACGCCGUUCGCGAUUCGCACUUAGCGUUCGAGGCGAGCAUCAAGGCGCAAGAGGAGCAGGCGGCGCGAGAGGAACGAGCCGCGAAAUUUCACGCGUUGAAACUCCGCCGGGUGGAACACUUCGCGCGCGCCAUCGCGAGGAAACUCCUCCACUACGCCUUCACAGGGUGGGCCGCGAACGCGCAGAAGUGGCGCACGAAACGCAGGUGGCUCACGACGUUCGCGCGACGGAUGUACCUGCGCGCGUGCCUGUCCGCGUUCGAGGGGUGGGUCGAGGCGACGGGUCGGCUCAGAUAUCAACGCGCGGCGGUGAAGCGCGUCCUCGCGAGGAUCACCCGCCGCGGCGUCUCCGAGUCGUUCUACGAGUGGGCGGAUAAAGUCCGCGAGAAGCGCGUGUGGGCGACCAAGGUGAGCGUCGCGGAGCGAUACCUGAGAAAGAUUGUGAACCGCUCGCUGUCGGCGGCGUUCGAGCGGUGGAUGGAAUACGCGCGCGUCAAAGCCGCCGAGGAGAACAAGAUUCGAAGGAACGUCCUGAAAAUUCUCGGCCGCGUCGGGGAGUCCGCGUUUUACACGUGGCAGGCUGCGGUCACGGAACGCAAGAAGCGCGAAGAGACGGAAGCGGCGUCGAUCGCGGCGUGGGAGCGCAAGCUCAAGCGAUGCGAACGCUUCGUCGCGGCGAUGCGGAAGCGAACCGCGUUCGCCGCGUUCGAGCGCUGGGAAGAGGUGACCCGGGAUCGCGUCGCGCAGCGGCGGCGCGUGCGCGGCGUCAUGGCGCGGCUCGCGAAGCGCGCGAUGGCACACGGGUUCGCGCGAUGGGUCGAGGCGACGGACGAGAUGAAAAGGCAGAAGGUCAUCGUGCGAAGGGUGCUCGCGAAAAUCGCCGAACGCGUCAAAGCCGGUUUUUUUUACGACUGGCACGGCAAGGUGGUCGCGAAGCGAGAGCAUCUUCUCGCGGAGCAGAAAGAGUGGCAGAAGAACAUCAAGAAGGUGGAGCGGUUCGUCCUCUCGAUGCUUAACCGCUCCGCGUCUUCCGCGUUGAUCCGAUGGCGCGCGCGCGCGAGGGAGCGAAGGACGACGCGUCGGAAGCUCGACGCGAUCGUUCGGCGGAUGUCCAAACGCAGCGCGCACGCCGCGCUCGUCGGCUGGGCGGAUCACGCGUCCGAGCUCAAGCGCCAGCGCGUCAUCGUCUCCAGGGUCCUCGCGCGCAUCUCCUCGAGAGUGUUCGCGUCGUGUUUCUACGCGUGGGUCGACUCGCGACGACGACAGAAGGCGUGGGAGGUUCGCGUCGCCGCGGCGGAGCGUUUCGUCGCCGCGAUGUCGUCGCGAAUCGCGUUUUCCGCGUUUACGAAAUGGCGCGAGACGACGCGAGAGAACGUCGCGGCCGAGGUGAAAGUCCGCCGGGCGAUCCUGCGGCUGAUGGACAGGUCCCUGUCGACGUGCUUCCUGGAAUGGCAGCGCAAGGUGGCGGAGCUGAGGGCGCACGUCGAGCGCGAAGAGCGCGAGGCGCGGGCGUGGGAGGCGAAGCUCGGGAAGUGCGAGCGGUUCGUGCUCGCGAUGCAGAAGCGCGAGCUGUUCGCCGCGUUCGAGCGCUGGGAGGAGAUGGCGAGCGAGCGCGCGCGGCUGCGGCGGAAGCUCAGGGGCGUCACCGCGCGGUUCGCGAAGCGCGCGAUGGCGGCCGCGUUCGAGGAGUGGGUCGAGACCGCGGACGAGAUGCGGAGGCAGAGGGUCAUCGUGAGACGCGUGCUCGCGAAAAUUUCCGAACGCGUCAAAGCCGGCGCUUUUUAUGACUGGCGAGAGCUCGUCAUCGCGAAGCGAGAGCACCUCGAGCGCGAGGCGGCGCAGUGGCAGCAGGACAUCAAGAAGGUGGAGCGGUUCGUGCUCGCGUGGCAGAACCGGUUCUUAUCCGCGGCGUUCAUUCAGUGGGAUUCGAACUGGCGCGAGAUGAAAGUCCAGCGACGCAUCUUGAACAACUGCGUCGCUCGCAUGUCCCAACGCGUGCUCGCGUCGUCGUUCAUCUCCUGGGCCGAGCGCGCGGUCGAGGUGAAACGCCAGCGCGUGAUCGUGCGCAGGGUCGUCGCGAAGAUUGCGCAGCGGCAAAUCGCGGGCGCAUUUUACGACUGGCGCGAUGCGAUCGCGGACGCGAAAGCGUUCGCGCGCAACGCGCGAGUCAGCGAGCGGUUCGUCGCCGCGAUUUUUCAUCGCUCGAUGUUCGUCGCGUUUCAUCGCUGGAAGGACGUCACGCGCGUGAACAAAGAAGCGGAGGUGAAGGUCCGUCGAUGCGUCGGGAAGAUCAUGAACCGGUGCGUCGCCGCCGCUUUCGACGAGUGGGUCGACACGACGACGGAGCUGAAGCGUCAGAGGGUGAUCGUGAGGAGAGUCCUCGCGAAAAUCACGGAGCGGACGCUCUCGAGCGCGUUUUAUCACUGGCGAGAGAUGGUCGUCGAGAAACAAGAGCACGACGUCGCGGUGGAGGAACAAAAGGAGACCAACUUGAAAAAGAUCCAGCGUUUCGUCCUCGCGUGGACGAACCGAAGCCUCAACGCGGCGUUCGUUCAGUGGGAGUCGAACGUGAUCGAACUCAGGCGGCAGCGGAAGAUUCUGAACAACUGCGUGCAGAGAAUGUCGGCGCGCGCGCUGUACUCAUCGUUUCAAGGCUGGACGGAGCACGCGGAGUCGCGGAAGCGCCACCGGAUCGUCGUCAAGCGCUCGCUCGCGAAGUUCGCGCGACGGUCGGUGAACGAGUUCUUCUACGCCUGGGCCGAUCACGUCGUCGAGAAACGCGCGGAGGACGAGAGGCUGUACGCGGAGCAAAUCGCGAAAGCGCAAGAGUGGGAGGCGAAAGUCGCGAAAGCGCAGCGCUUCGUCAUGGCCGCGGAACGCCGCUCUCUGAUCGAGAGCUUCUCCGUUUGGGAGACCAACUGGAGGAACAUUCGAACGCAGCGACGUAAGAUGUCGCAGUGCCUGUCGCGCAUGACGCAGCGCCGCGUUUUUUCCGCGUUCGCGCAGUGGGCGGACGAGGCGCAGCGCAUCUCGCGUGAACGACGCGUCGUGCGCCGGACGCUGAUGCGAAUGACGCACCUGACGGUCUCGUCCUCGUUUUACGAGUGGCGAUCGUCCGUGGGCACGCGCAAGGCGGAGGAGGCGGAGGAGAAGCGUAAGGACCUGAUCGCCGCGAAAUUUAUCAAGUUCAUGCACCUGUCCGUCGCCGCGGCGGCGAUGAAGCGGUGGCGCGAAGUCACGGAGGAGGCGAUCGCGGAACGGAAACGCGUGGAAAUUUGGGCAGCGAAACUGAAACGCUGCGAGCGUUUCGUUCUCGCGAUGCAGCUCCGAUUCCUUAAGAGCGCGUUCCUCGGGUGGUCCGCGAAAGCCGCGCGCUUCGCGAGCUCGCGCCGUAAGAUGAGGAACGUCCUCGCGAACAUCUCCCAGCGCGCGAUGGUCACGGCGUUUACGACGUGGCUCGACGUCGUCCACGAGCUGUCGCGUCAACGAGUCAUCGUCCGCCGCGUCCUUCUCAAAAUCUCCGCGCGUCUGAAAGCGACGUCGUUCUACGACUGGCACGAUAAGGUCGUCGCGAAGCGAGAAAACGCGAAAAGAGAACUCUCGGAGUGGAAGACCAACAUCGUCAAAGUCGAGCGGUUCGUCCGCGCGAUGCGCCACCGGUCGACGCGGGCCGCUUUCUCGCGGUGGGAAGAGCACUGGCGGUACGUCCGUCUGAUGCGCCGAAAGAUGAACACGUGCCUCGUGCGCAUGUCUCAGCGCGCGGUGUUCAGCGCGUUCUCGCGGUGGCUCGACGCCGUGAACGACCUGAAGCAGCAGCGCGGGGUGUUACGCCGCGCGGUGAUGCGCAUCUCCCGACGAAAGCUCGCGGGAUCUUUUUACGACUGGCAAGAGCGCGUGAAAGACCAGAAGAUUUUCGCCGCCAAGGCGCUGAUGUCCGAGCGGACGAUCAUGGCCGCGUUCCAGCGCACGCUCUUCGCGUCGUUCUCGAAGUGGAAAGACGUCACGCGGCGCGCGAUCGAGGCGGAGAUUAAAGUGCGAAGGAGCCUCCUUCGACUCACGGAUCGGUACGUCGCGAGGGCGUUCCUCGACUGGCACGCGAAAGUCGCCGCGAAGCGUAAGAUGCUCGAGGAGAAGGAGAAAGAGCUCGCGCUUUGGGAGCUGAAACUCCAGAAGUGCGAGCGUUUCGUGCUCGCGAUGCAGCACCGCGCGCUCCACGCCGCGUUCGCGCGCUGGGAGGACAUGGCCGCGGAGCAGAUCGCGAUGCGUCGAAAGGCGAGAAACGUCGCGGCGCGGUUUACGAAACGCGCGAUGACGGCCGCGUUCGAGCGCUGGUUCGAGACGACGUGCGAUCUCAGGCGCCAGCGCGUCAUCGUUCGACGCGCGAUCGCGAAGAUCGCCGAGCGCGCGUUAUCCCAGGCGUUCUACCAGUGGCAAGGCGAGGUCAUCGCGAGGAACGAGAGGGUCAUCGCGGAGCAGGAGCGGUGGCAGCAGGACAUCAAGAAAGUGGAGCGAUUCGUUCUCGCGUGGCAGAACCGGUUCUUAUCCGCGGCGUUCUUUCAGUGGAAUGCGAACUGGCGCGAGAUGAAAGUCCAGCGACGCAUCUUGAACAACUGCCUCGUGCGCAUGUCCCAGCGUCUCGUGUACGCCGCGGUCAGCGGCUGGGCGGACCACGUCGUCGAGAUUAAACGCCAGAGGGUCAUCAUGCGUCGGGCGCUGUUCCGCGUGACGCAACGGAAAGUCGCCCAGGCGUUCUACGACUGGCGAGACGCGAUCGCGGACGCGAAAGCGUUCGCGUACAAGGCGCACGUCAGCCAGCGGUUCCUCAAGGCGAUGAUGCAGAGGACGGCCUUCGCCGCGUUUCAUCGCUGGAAGGGCGUCACGCGAGACGCGAUGCUCGCGGAGGUGAAGAUCCGACGCAGCAUCUUGCGCAUCAUGGAUCGCACGGUGGCGUCUUCUUUCCUGGACUGGCAGUGGAAAGUCUCCGAGAAGCGCAAGCACGUGGAGAAGGAGGAGAAGGCGCGGAAGCUCUGGGAAGCGAAACUCCAGAAGUGCGACCGUUUCGUUUUAGCCAUGCAGCAUCGCGCGCUCCACGCCGCGUUCGCGCGCUGGGAGGAGAUGACCGAGGAGGUGAGAUCCCAACGCCGACGCGUCCGGCUCGUCGCCGCGCGACUCACCAAGCUCGCCGCGGUCGCGUCGUUCGCGCGCUGGAUCGACGUCGUGGACGAGCUCAAGCGCCAGCGAUCGAUCGUCCGACGCGUCCUCGCGAAGAUCGGCGAGCGCGCGAAAUCCAGCGCGUUCUACGAGUGGCUCGACGCCGUCGACGCGCGCAAAGACGCGGAGGCGCGCGACAGCGAGCGGUGGCUCGCGCGUCUGAAGACGGCGGAGCGGUUCCUAUUCGCGAUGCAGAAACGGUCGCUCUCGCACGCGUUCGUUCGCUGGCGGCGCGUCCGCGCGCACCUUAAAGAACAGCGCGGGAAGAUCAACGUCGUCCUCGCGCGGAUCAAGUCCCACGCCGCGCACGCCGCGCUGAUCACGUGGGACGACAACGUCCGAGAGCUUCGCCGUCAGCGUCUGAUUCUCACGCGCGCGGUUUCGAAAUUCUCCCGACGCGCGCUGACCGAGACGUUCUACGCGUGGGCGGAUAAGAUCGCGAACGAUAAGCAGCACGCGCAUCGAUGCGCGGUCGCCGCGCGCUUCCUGCGCGCGAUCCAGCAGCGCUCGUUGUUCUGCGCGUUCAACCGUUGGCUCGUCCAGACGAAGAACGCGAUCGAGAACGAGAACAAAGUCCGACGAAGCGUCCUGCGGCUCGCGGGGGAGACGCUCUCGUUUUCGUUCCUAGAGUGGCACCGCAAAGUCCGCGAGAAGAGAGCGAACGAGGAGAAGAUGGAGAGAGAAGCCAGGCUGUGGGAGUUCAAGCUCCAGAAGUGCGAGCGCUUCGUCAUGGCGAUGCUUCAGCGCUCCCUGCACGACGCCUUCGCGCGUUGGGCGGAGAUGACGGAGGAGAAGCGUCGGGCGAGGCUGGCGGUGCGACGCGCGGUGACGAAACUCACCAAGCGCGCGAUGGCGGCGACGUUCGAGCGGUGGAGCGACGUCGUCGUCGAGCUCCGGCGUCAGAGGGUCAUCGUCCGUCGCGUCCUCGCGCGAGUCACCGAGCGCGUCAAGUCGAGCGCGUUCCGCGAUUGGCUCGACGCGCUGGAGACGCGCAAGGAGGCGGAGGCGGCGGAUCAGGCGGCGUGGAGACGCGACGUCGUCAAAGUCGAGCGGUACGUCCGCGCGAUGCGACACCGCGGUCUCUCCGACGCGUUCCGGAACUGGCACGAGAACUGGCGGCGCAACAAGCUCGCGCGAAGGAAGCUUAACGGGUACCUCGUGCGCAUGACGCUCCGCGACAUCGCGUUCGCAUUCGACGGCUGGGCGCACGCGACGCGAAAGUUCAAACGCGAGCGACAGCUUGUCCGCCGCGCGUGCGAGAAAAUAUCGCGACGGCGCGUCGCCGAGGCGUUCUACGACUGGCACAAGUCGCUGAGGGACGACCAGAAGUACGCGCACGCGGUGCAAAAGUCCGAGCGGUACCUGCUGGCGAUCAACAAGAACCUUCUCUUCAGGGCGUUUACGAGGUGGAACGAGCAAGCGGCGAACAUCAAGCGCAUGGACUUGCAGCUCUCGCGAGCGAUAUUACGGAUGCAGGACAAGUACCUCGCGCGCGCGUUCAUCGACUGGGCCGAGAAGGUCGAAGCGAAACGUCAGCACGUCGUCGACGAAGCGAAAGAGCACCGGCACUGGCUCGGGAAGCUCCACCUGUGCGAUCGCUACGUCGCCGCGAUGCUGGACAAGCUCCUCUUCGCGUCGUUCGCGUCCUGGCGCGCGGCGGCGGAGAACGCGACGCGCCUGAAGCGCUUACUCCACGGCGUCGGGACGCGGUUCGCGCAUCGAUCGAUGGGCGCCGCUUUCAACGCGUGGGUCGAGCGCGUCGACGACGCGCGGCACUACCGCGCGGCGUACGCGUCCGUUCUGAAGCAGUGGCUUCGCGCCAAUCGCGCCUCCGCGUUCAUGACCUGGCGCGACGCGACGCUGGACGCGAAGGACGCCCGCGCGACGGGCCGACGCGUGAUCGCGCGCGCGAAGAACCGCUCGAUGUUCCGCGCGUUCUCCAAGUGGCACGCGCGCGCGAGCUUCUGCGACGAGCUCGCGGAGUGCAACGCGAGAAAGAUGCGCGCGUCGGCGCGGCGUCGCGCGUUCAGAGCGUGGGCGGCGCAACGUCUGCGGACGAACGCGUCGGCGAAACUCGCGGCGAAAAUUUUUAUCAAGCACGGGCGGAGGGUCCUUCGCGAGGCGUUCAGCGACUGGGAGAUCGCGUGCGGGGACAAGCGCCGUCGCCGCGCGUACGCCGCGAAAAUGAUCGAACGCGCGGUGAGGCCCGGGACGCGAUCGAGCUUCGAGCACUGGGCUUGGCUCGUGCGCGAGCGACGCGAGGCGCGCGUGAAGACGUCGCGGUUCAUCGACCGCGACCGCCGCGUCCGCGUCCGCGCGUCGUUCGACCGAUGGGCUCGACGCGCGGUCGACGAGAAGCGCAGGCGGAGAUCGAUCGAUCGCGUGACGCGCCGCGUCGUCCAUCGCCAGUGCGCGCGCGCGUUCGACCGCUGGAUCGACGUCGCGAAGGACUGGGCGACGACGCGACGAAAAAUGCGGCGACACGUCGCGCGUUGGAGCGUCAUCGCGACCGCGCGCGCGUUCGAGCGCUGGGUCGCGUUCUUCGGCGAGUCGCGCAAGCAGCGCGUCGUCGUCCGCGCAUUCGUCCAUCGGAUGUCGAACCUGACGACGGCGCGCGCGUUCGCGGGCUGGACCGCCGCGCGCGCCGCCGCGAAUGAAUCGCGCGGAAAGAUGCGAAAAGUUGUCGCGCGCGUCGCCCGGGCGAAACUCGCCGCCGCGUUCGACGGCUGGUUCCUCUCCUUGGACGACGCGAAGCGCGCGCGCGUCAUCGCGCGCCGCGCGAUCGCGCACUGGAGCAAGAAAGCGCUCGCGGACGCGUUCGACGCGUGGGCGACGAAGACGUCCACGUGGCACGCGGCGCGCGUCGCGAUGGCUCGCGUCGCGGCGCGUUGGACGCGUCGCCGCGCGUCUUCCGCGUUCAACGCGUGGGCGCACGAGGCGCGGACGUUCAAGCGCGCGAGCGAGGUGGCGUCGCGGCGGAAGCGCGUCAAGGACGUCGCGGCGGCGCGCGCGGCGCUCGUGACGUGGUGGAGCGCGCAUCGCGAUCGGAAGGCGAUGUUUACGAAAUUUUUCGCCGACCCGCCGUCGAGGGUCACGCGCCUGAGCGUCUACUUCGCGAAGUGGAUGGUCAACGCGUCGACGCAGAGAAGGGUCGGGCACGUGCGGUGGACGUGGGCGAGACGUCGACGGACCGCGACGAUGGCGUACGUUUUCAACGGCUGGGUCGACGAAACCGUCGAGAACCGGCGGUUACGAUCCGUGGUCGCGCGCGCGGCGACGAAGGCGUUCGGCGUCCAGGCGCGGACGACGCGUUGGUCGAUCGUGCGCUGGCAUCAGAUCGCGGUCAAGUCGCGCUACGAAGAAGGCGCCGCCGCGAGGGCGCACCAAUCCCUCUUCGAAUCCGUCGGCGCGCGCGUGUACUACAACCUCACGCGAAGACGCGUCGCGGCAGCGUUCCGCGGCUGGCGCGCCAACGCGUCCGAGACGCGUCGCGCGAUUCGCCUCCUCUACCGCGCCGCGGUGCGUCUCGCGGAGCGUCGCGUCUCGCGCGCGUUCAACGCGUGGCUCGACCUCGCGUCCGAGACUGGCGAACACCACCGAAAGCUUCACAUGGCGUCGCGGUGCGUGCGCGCGAUGUCGCACCGCAAGCUGUACGCCGCGUUUAGGGGCUGGUGGACGCGGACGUCGGAGCGGCGGCGACUUUUUUCGGCGUUGCUUCGCGCGGCGUCGAAGCUCGCGCGGCGUCGGCUCGCGACGGCGUUCGGGAAAUGGGCGCACGAGCACAGGCGCGCGGACGCGAUGCAUCUCGUCGGGCGUCGCAACGCGGUGCACGUCCAGCGGAUGUUCGACCGCGUCCACGACCGGUGCAGGACGCUCGCGUAUAAGCGCUGGGUCGAGUUCGCGAGCGAGCGGGCGCGCGAACGACGGUUGGCCGUUCGCGCGAUUCGUCGGAUGACGGAUCGUCGCGCGUCGCGCGCGUUCCUCGGCUGGCGCGAGCGCGCGUCCGAGCGUAAGAGGGUGAAGCGCGUCGUGAUCCGAGCCGCGCAGCGGAUGAUGCACAAGCGCUUGGCGUCGUCGUUCUGGACCUGGGUCGAGCGCGCGGCGGAGGGGCGCGAAGAGAAGGAGAGAGAAAAAUCGCUCGCGGCCAAGUGCGACCGCGUCGUCGCGGCGAAGAUAAAACGCGUCGUCGCGAAGGCGUUCCGGGGGUGGUGGAAAGCGUCCGCGUACGACGCGCGCCUCAACAUGGACGCGACGAGAGAGGAAGCGAUCGAGUUCAACUCCGUCGCGAGCGCGUUCGCGCGCGUGCGUUCGAGAAAUACGCGCGAGGCGUGCUUCUUCCGAUGGGUCGCGCUGGCGCGCGAGGCGUCUUCGGAUUACGUCGCGCCGCGAAAAUACGCGCGCGAUAGGGAGAGCGAAAAAGACUGGACGCGCGAGCUCGCGAUCCGCGACAUGUUCGUCCGCCGCGCGUUCGUGAAGCGUCUGCGGCUCUUCAACGCGUGGAAGCGGUGGACAGCGCGUAGGAUCGCGCUCGCGGCGAGGGUCGGGAAAGAGAUGCGCGUCUUCGUGGAGCAAAGAGCCGCGCGUCGCGCGCUCCGAGCGUGGAACGAUCUCGCGUACGAGCGGCUGGCGCGCGAGAGCGCGGAGGCGACGGCGAAGCGGCACCGGUUCGCGACGCUCAUGACGCCGUUUUUGCGCGCGUGGGGCGUCCACGCGAAGAAAGAGGCCGCGGAUGCGAGGGCGGUCGCGGCGGCGCUCGCGGCGGCGACGAAGACUCCCGGGGCGGGGACGGGGCUGGAGCCCGUCCGCGUCGGCGGCGGCGGCGGCGGCGGCGGCGGCGGCGGCGGCGGCGCGUUCUCCCCGAUCGCGCUCCCGUCGCUGUCGCCGCUCGCGGGCGCGACGGGGUGGGAUUUCGAUAGGAAGUUCGAGGAGAACCUCCCGGCGAACUCGCCGCUGCCGUUCGCCGCCGCCGCGGGGGGCGGCGCCGCGCCGUUCGACUUCGACGACGCGCUCGAGCGACAGCAGAGGCAGCUCGCGCGAAACUUGGAGGCGCGCGCGGCGAUGCGCGAACGCGUCGCCGCGACGCCGGCGGCGGCGACGCCCGCCGUCGUAACGCACGUCGCUCCGGCGUUCAGGCCGCCGCCGAGCCCGCCGAAGCUUCACGGCGCGCUGGACCCCGCGCAUCGGAAGGUGAUCGAGGAGAUCGCCGCGCUGGAGGGCGUCGUGAGCGCGCAGACGGAGGAGCUGUCGUCGCGCGGUCUGUCGUCGCCGCGUCGGUCGCCCGGCGGCGGCGGCGGGAGAGACGGCGGCGGCGCGCGUCCGUCGUCGUCGGCCGCGAGCGCGUCGAUCGACUCGCGGCUGCUCGACAUGGAGGCGAGGAUGACCGGGCUGCUGAUGCAGAAGGAGAGUCUCCGGGAGGAGAUGAGCGGCGUCGGCGGCGCGGCGAGGUCGGAGGACUCGGCGCGACGCUCGACGGAGAGGAAAAAAUAAACUAUCGACGAGAGACGGGAAGGAGACGAGCGCGCGCGCGGGACGAACGCGACGACGACGACGACGCGCGCGCUCGCGAUGCGCACGACGAGUAGUAGACUUAGAUGUGAAUGACAGUAGCUUAACGACC